GGGGGGCGCGCCGCGCGGGGCUGGGCUCGGAGCGCGCGGAGCUGGGCUGCCAGAGAGCCGCGCGGGGGACGCGCCGGGACCGCGAGGAGCGCACGAGCCUUCGAGGCGGUGAACGAGGGAGAGAGCAGCCGCCAGUGUCGCCAGCUCCCUCCCGGAGGGAGCCCAGUCCGCCGCGGGCCAUGAGCCACCGGGCCCGGGGAGCCCGGCCGCGGUCCGGGCAACGCUCAGCCGGCGCCCCAGCCCGCUUGGCCGCAGCUGCUCGCCUCCUCAGGUGGCUGCGAUGGGACGGAAGCCAUGAAUGGUGCUGGCCCUGGCCCCGCCGCAGCCGCCCCGGUCCCGGUCCCGGUCCCGGUCCCGGACUGGCGGCAGUUCUGCGAGCUGCAUGCGCAGGCGGCCGCCGUGGACUUUGCGCACAAGUUCUGCCGUUUCCUGCGAGACAACCCAGCUUACGACACGCCCGACGCCGGCGCCUCCUUCUCCCACCACUUCGCCGCCAACUUCUUGGACGUCUUCGGUGAGGAGGUGCGCCGCGUGCUGGUGGCUGGGCCGACGACUCGGGGCGCGGCCGUGCGCGCGGAGGCCAUGGAGCCGGAGUCCGCGGAGUCCUCUGCACUCAAGGCGGCGCCCUACGGCCACUCGCGGAGCUCGGAGGACGUGUCCACGCACGCGGCCACCAAGGCCCGCGUUCGCAAGGGCUUCUCGCUGCGCAACAUGAGUCUGUGCGUGGUGGACGGCGUGCGCGACAUGUGGCACCGGCGCGCCUCGCCGGAGCCCGACGCAGGAGCUGCCCCGCGCGCCGCCGAGCCCUCCGCGGAACCCCGCGAUAAGUGGACGCGGCGCCUGAGGCUGUCGCGGACGCUGGCUGCCAAGGUGGAGCUGGUGGACAUUCAGCGCGAGGGGGCGCUGCGCUUCAUGGUGGCCGACGACGCGGCCGUGGGCUCCGGCGGCUCGGCUCAGUGGCAGAAGUGCCGCCUGCUCCUGCGCAGGGCUGUGGCCGAGGAACGCUUCCGCCUGGAGUUCUUCGUGCCACCCAAGGCCUCGAGGCCCAAGGUCAGCAUCCCACUGUCAGCCAUCAUUGAGGUCCGCACCACCAUGCCCCUGGAAAUGCCAGAGAAGGAUAACACAUUCGUGCUCAAGGUAGAGAAUGGAGCCGAAUACAUCUUGGAGACCAUCGACUCUCUGCAGAAGCACUCGUGGGUAGCUGACAUCCAGGGCUGUGUGGACCCCGGUGACAGUGAGGAAGACACUGAGCUCUCCUGUACCCGAGGCGGCUGUCUGGCCAGCCGCGUGGCCUCCUGCAGCUGUGAGCUCCUGACUGAUGCAGUCGACCUGCCCCGCCCCCAAGAGACGACAGCCGUGGGUGCAGUGGUGACAGCCCCCCACAGCCGAGGUCGAGAUGCCGUCAGAGAGUCCCUGAUCCACGUCCCGCUAGAGACCUUUCUGCAGACCCUGGAAUCCCCGGGCGGCAGCGGCAGUGACAGCAAUAAUACAGGGGAACAGGGUGCAGAGACGGAUCCUGAGGCUGAGCCCGAGCUGGAGCUAUCCGACUACCCAUGGUUCCACGGGACACUGUCCCGGGUCAAGGCUGCUCAACUGGUUCUGGCAGGGGGGCCCCGGAACCACGGCCUCUUUGUGAUCCGCCAAAGUGAGACUCGGCCUGGGGAGUACGUGCUGACCUUCAACUUCCAGGGCAAGGCGAAGCACCUGCGCCUGUCCCUGAACGGCCAUGGCCAGUGUCACGUACAGCACCUGUGGUUCCAGUCUGUGCUUGACAUGCUCCGCCACUUCCACACACAUCCCAUCCCACUGGAGUCAGGGGGCUCAGCCGACAUCACCCUUCGCAGCUAUGUGCGGGCCCAGGGCCCCCCGCCAGAGCCAGGCCCCACGCCCCCUGCCGCGCCUGCGCCCCCGGCCUGCUGGAGCGACCCGCCCGGCCAGCACUACUUCUCCAGCCUCGCCGCGGCCGCCUGCCCGCCUGCCUCGCCCUCCGACGCCGCCGGCGCCUCCUCGUCUUCCGCCUCGUCGUCCUCUGCGGCGUCGGGGCCCGCCCCCCCGCGCCCCGUCGAGGGCCAGCUCAGCGCGCGGAGCCGCAGCAACAGCGCAGAGCGCCUCCUGGAGGCCGUGGCCGCCACCGCCGCCGAGGAGCCCCCGGAGGCCGCGCCCGGCCGCGCGCGCGCCGUGGAGAACCAGUACUCCUUCUACUAGCCCGCGGCGCCGCCCGGGUGGGACACGCCAAGCUCUUCAGUGAAGACACGAUGUUAUUAAAAGCCUGUUUUAGGGACUGCA